GCUGAUAUUUUUAUAUACUGACCCUAAGCCGGCCUGCAUUUCCUCCAAUCCGAACCAAAAAAAGAAUGGCUUCUUCAGCAGCACCAAAUCUCCACGCCAAUUUUGGACUUCCAGUCUGCCUCUCAGGGAUCACUCACCCUCUCCCUCUCCCUCUCCCUGAAGAGAUGGCGGAUCAUGAUCGCCGGAGAAAAGCCAUGAAAACCUCGGCGGCGUUUGAAUCAAAAGAUACCAGCUGGAGGAGCAGUAGUGCCGCAGAUGAUCAAGAGAGGGGAAAUCAAACAAGCCCCGGAGAUGCGGAUUUCGCUUCUGUCUUGCGUGAUCUGGCUUCCAUCUCUUUGGGUCAUACAGCCAAGGCUGCGUAGUACUCUCUCCAGAUCAGAAUGUAGCUUUAAUUUGUGUUAGUAUAACCUGUGAUUUCAUUAGCAAUUGUUAAUGGACUUCUUCUCGAUUUCUCUCUGCCUC